UGUGCUUUGUGAGUGUGUGUGUGUGAGUGUGUUUGGGGGAGUGACUGUGAAGCAGCACACACUGGUCUUUGCAUCCUGUUGUGAAAGUGCAACGGCGCGUGUGUUGUUGUGUGUGCGUGUUGUGUGUCUGCGAGGUUUGUUUGCAGUCCGAGCGGGUUCAAGUAUGAAGAGAGGAAAGAAAGCAGAGGAGGCGGCUGCAGACGGGGAAAAUGACUCGGGCUCUGCUUCUGCAAAGAAAGCAAAGAAGUCCAAGGAACCAGAGGCCCCAAUACUGUACGAGGAUCCUCCUGACAAAAUGACCAGCAAAGAUGGCCGCAACGCCAACAUGAAGAUCACCUCCUGGAACGUGGACGGGCUGAGGGCCUGGGUGAAAAAGAAGGGCCUGGAUUGGGUGCGUGAGGAGGCUCCAGAUGUUUUGUGCCUGCAGGAGACAAAGUGUUCAGAGAAAGCCCUCCCCGCUGACAUCACCUCAAUGCCCGAGUACCCUCACAAGUACUGGGCUGUGUCAGAUGAAAAGGAGGGUUACAGUGGCGUGGCCAUGCUCUGCAAGACGGAACCCAUCAAAGUCACCUAUGGCAUUGGCAAAGAAGAGCACGACAAGGAGGGUCGCGUCAUCACUGCCGAGUUCCCCAAUUUCUACCUGGUGACCGCCUAUGUGCCAAACUCCGGCAGAGGCCUUGUGCGCCUAGAUUACCGCAAAACCUGGGACGUGGACUUCCAGGCGUAUCUGAGCGAGCUGGAUAUGCAGAAGCCACUGGUGCUGUGCGGCGACCUUAAUGUCGCACACCAGGAGAUCGACCUGAAGAACCCCAAGGGGAACAAGAAAAACGCAGGCUUCACCCCCGAGGAGCGUGAGGGCUUCAGCAAGCUGCUGGAGGCCGGUUUCGUCGACAGCUUCCGCGAACUCUACCCCGAGCAGACCAACGCCUACUCCUUCUGGACCUACAUGAUGAACGCCCGCGGAAAGAACGUGGGCUGGAGGCUUGAUUACUUUGUGCUGUCGUCCAGUCUGCUGCCAGGCCUGUGCGACAGCAAGAUCCGCAACAAGGCGUUGGGAAGCGACCACUGCCCCAUAACUCUGCACAUAGCUGUGUAGGUCAGUCUGGUCAGCAGGGCUACUGCUUUGCCUAGCCUUCACUGUUACUUCAGUACUUCCGUUCCAACUUGGCUGAAACUAUCCUGUAUGCCAGUAUGUGCUCUGUAAGGAGUCAGGCAUUGCCUACUUGGGCAGGAAGUCUUACAUUUGUUGACCUUACUCAUGGGAGAACUGCUGCCCUAACUCACUCUUUUCAGUAGGUACAGCAGUAGCUUAGUUGUCUAUCUUUUUCAGUUUUCACAUGAAACUUUCAUAAAAUGAUUCCACAAUAACCAUUUGUCCUCUUCAUGUAAUUGAAAAUGCUGUAAAAACGCAACACUAAAUACUCAAAUAUGUCUAAGCUGAUUUUCAACAAUGACCCGUGGCUCCUGACUGUACUACUGUGUAUCUGAGACACAAGCCUCCAUGUCACAGAAUCUGCAGUAAUGUCUUUUGUCUUACUGUUUGAAAUUGAACCACUGCUGUCAAAAGAAAAUGUAACCUGUUCUAGCACAAAAAUGUUUUAAGCCUCUUUUCCAACCCAGUGUAAAAAUUUUCUGUUAUAAAACAUGCCCACAAUAAAGACUGAAUUUAUGUAAAA